AUGAAGCGUCAUGUAGAACAGGUCGUACUUUACAGGCUUCGCAUGCCACAGAAAAUGCCGCUGAACCUUUCUUACUCUGAGCUGCAUCUCCUUGUACUUCUCUUCUGGUAUUGAAAGAAUAUGUUCUUCAGAUUGGGAAUGUCCUUCUCAGCCAGAAUUACGGAGAAUGCCCCCCAAUCGAGAACCUCGAAAAAUGGCGGCACAAAGUUGUCGGAUAUUAUCACCGGCACACAUUCAUAAAAGAUGGCUUCAACCACACGAGGGCUAUUCACCUCAUAACCCUUGGGGCAUAUGCAGUACUUACUACUCUUCAUGUGCUGGAUGUAGUUCAUCUUGCUUGCAACACCAGGUGGC